CGAAACCCAUCACAUCCCAUAAUUCAUUGCCGGACCACAGCAGCUCGGCUGUCAGAUGCCCAGAAGGCCUCCCGGAAAAUAAAGAAGGACCAGAGGACAGAAAUCACGAAGUGUUUACAUGAUGCCAUCGUCAGACACCUGCAAGAACAGAAACAUGCAGUUGAGUUACUCUCGCACACUCACCAUGUGACUCUGAAACAUAUCAAUGACAUGAUUAGUAGUCAGACCAAGUAUCACACAAUGCGCAAGAUUCACCUGACUAAUGCCCUCAUUCAUGCCAAAGCCAAGGAGAUGAACAGUGGUACACUAAAUCCCUUUCCUUACUCUCAUAGUCAUACUCAUGUUCUUGAGCACCAUGAGCAAAAGGUAAGUAAUGUGCAAGCAAAUAACAUGGCCACUGCACGAGACAUUUUGGUCACAACGGAAAGGAUUGUCAAGGAGCUUGAUGAGUUGCGUGUUCACACAGGCACCUACAGAACUUUAUUUGUCAUUCGCAGUCACAUCAACGACAUGAUCCAAAGUACAAUGCAUGGCACAGAUAACUCAGACAACUUUUGGGAGGAUGUAUAUGACCUUCCAAUGGCUGACUUCCUCCAACAGUAUGAGCAGUGGGCUUGCACACAAAAUCAAAGUAAUUGCAGUGACAGGGAAAAAGAUAUUGCAAUGAAUUACAACAACUACGACACAGCAAUUGUUGAAACAUAUGCGGUUUGGCUUGUAGGAUGGCCCGCAGAUGUCAACUUCAUCAGUCCCUCAAACAUCAGGACUGUUGGUGAGAUCCAGAAGCUUCAUGAUGCACUGAAGGGCCGGACAUGCUACUGGACUGUUCUGAUGCCCAUGGAAGUCAAAGCCCACACUGCCAAACUCAAUGCGCACCAUUCAGCAGGGGAAGCUGUUCAGCACCCACACAAGAAAUGUUUGGACGCUGGCAAGUCUCGCAAGCGC